ACUCCGACGCCGUCCCAUAAAACCCUAAACCUUCCUUCUCCUCCUCUUCUCUAUUUUCCAGCGCAGUACCGGUAAUGGCGGAGCUAAAAAUCUCCGAGAGCCGAGACCUGACUCGAAUUGAGCGCAUAGGGGCUCACUCUCAUAUCCGGGGUCUGGGUUUGGACUCCGCCCUAGAGCCCCGCGACGUCUCUGAGGGUAUGGUGGGGCAGACCCAGGCUCGCAAGGCCGCCGGCGUCAUUCUCCAGAUGAUCAAGGAAGGCAAGAUUGCCGGGCGGGCUAUUCUGCUGGCUGGACAGCCCGGGACAGGUAAGACUGCUAUCGCCAUGGGCAUGGCCAAGUCACUCGGGCUCGAGACCCCCUUUUCCAUGCUCUCCGGCAGCGAACUCUUCUCCCUCGAAAUGUCCAAAACCGAAGCUUUAAUGCAAGCAUUCCGGAAGUCUAUUGGGGUCAGAAUCAAGGAAGAGACCGAGGUAAUCGAAGGGGAGGUCGUCGAAAUCCAUAUUGACCGACCUGCGGUUACUGGUGCAGCAUCAAAGACGGGGAAAUUGACUCUGAAGACGACGGAUAUGGAGACGAUAUACGAUUUGGGGGCCAAGAUGAUUGAGGCUCUGGGGAAGGAGAAGGUGCAGAGUGGGGAUGUGAUAGCUAUUGAUAAGGCAUCGGGCAAGAUUACCAAGCUAGGACGCUCCUUUUCGCGGUCAAGGGAUUAUGAUGCAAUGGGUCCGCAGACUAAGUUCGUGCAAUGCCCUGAUGGUGAGCUGCAGAAGCGGAAGGAGGUUGUGCAUUGUGUCACCCUUCAUGAGAUUGAUGUGAUCAAUAGCAGAACCCAGGGAUUUCUUGCUCUCUUCACUGGUGAUACUGGUGAAAUUCGUGCUGAGGUGAGGGAGCAAAUUGACACAAAGGUGGCAGAAUGGAGGGAGGAAGGGAAAGCAGAAAUAGUCCCAGGAGUCCUCUUCAUUGAUGAAGUACACAUGCUUGACAUAGAAUGUUUUUCAUUCCUAAAUCGUGCUCUUGAGAAUGAGAUGGCCCCAAUAUUAGUUGUUGCAACCAACCGAGGAAUCACUACAAUCCGAGGCACAAAUUACAAAUCCCCACAUGGGAUUCCAAUUGAUCUUCUUGAUCGCCUACUCAUAAUCACUACUCAACCAUAUACUAUUGAUGAGAUUCGCAAGAUUGUAGACAUCAGAUCCCAAGAGGAAGAUGUUGAGAUGUCUGAAGAUGCAAAAGAGUUGUUGACAAAAAUUGGACACGAGACAUCCUUGAGAUAUGCCAUCAAUCUUAUCACAGCUGCUGCAUUGAAUUGCCAGAAGCGGAAGGGAAGGAUUGUGGAAGUGCAGGAUAUUACUCGUGUUUACAAUCUUUUCCUAGAUGUCAGGAGAUCAACACAGUAUUUGAUGGAGUAUCAGAAUGAGUACAUGUUCAAUGAAGUUGGAAUGGCCGAUGGUGGUGAAGAUGGUAUUGAUGCAAUGCAUGAUUAAAGUUCUUUUCCCAGGUCGAAGAAUUUGCAACUAUGUCUUCCUCUGUUAACAACUAUUGCGUAUUGUAAGAUUCGUUAGUGCACCAUUUCACCUAUGCUAAACAGGUUCUUGGACUAAUUUUAUUUUGGUAGGAUGAAUUUGUAUCUUAAGUACACAUAUUGAGGAUUGUGUUUCUGGUAAACAUCAACGGCUUGUUUGGAUGGAAGGAAAUAACGGAAAUGGAAAAAA